AUGGCCAGACCCGCUGUGGUUCAGCCCUUGAGGUACAACUUGGCUGCUGUCAGAUUCAACAGCACCAAGCCCGAGGGUGAGGCUAAGGAAGAGCCCAAGGAGGAGCCAAAGGAGGAGGAGCCAAAGAAGGAGGAGCCUCAGGAGGACCCUAUCGUGGCCGAAUUGAAACAAAAAUUGGAGAAGAAGGACAAGGACUUGGCUGACAUGAAGAACCACUACGCCAGAGCCGUGGCCGACUUCAGAAACUUGCAGGAGACCACCAAGAAGGAGAUGCAAAAGAGCAAGGACUUUGCCUUGCAAAAGUUCGCCAAGGACCUUUUGGAGUCUAUUGACAAUUUCGAGUUGGCCUUGAACUCCGUCAAGGAGGAGACCUUGACUGCCAGCGAGGAGGUGAAGAACCUUUACGAUGGUGUGUCGAUGACCAGAAACGUUUUCCAGAAGACCUUGGAGAAGCACGGCAUCGAGAAGAUGGACCCUAUGGGCGAAGCGUUCGACCCUAACCACCACGAAGCCACUUUCGAGAUCCCCCAGCCCGACAAGGAGCCCGGCACCAUCUUCCAUGUGCAGCAACCUGGUUACACCUUGAACAGCAGAGUCUUGAGACCUGCCAAGGUGGGCUUGCUACAACAGGCUUUGCUUGAACACCACUUUCCCUUGACCAGGGAGGAGAACAAGGGCAUUAAGAGGGAGAGCAAGAAGGUUCCCAUUGACGAAAAGGGCAACUUCAUCAACGAGGUUUCGUUUGAAGUGGUCAACGAUGAGUCCUACACCACCAAGCAUGUGGUGUUUGUUCACGGCUACGGUGCCUCGCUAGGCUGUUUUGCCAGGAACUUUCAUGUCGUGAACAAGUUCAGAGGCCUCAAGAACAACUACAAAGUGCAUUUUCUCGAUAACAUCACCUUUGCGUUGAGUUCGAAUCCUCCGAUGAAGAGCAUCGACUAUAGUGCGCCUAUACCCCAGGUGAAGCAUAUCAAGAUGACCGACACCAGGGCCACAGUGCCCAAGGACCUUUACAAGAAGUACUAUAAGCUCAUCGACAGCUACAAGUUUGAUGUGGAGGAGUUUAAGAAAUCGAGGGACGAGCUUGCACCUGUGCUCAAGGACAUGGAGGACUACUACACCCAGGCGUUAGACGGCUGGAGAAAAGGCACUGGUAUCGAAAAAAUUGACUUUUUGGUAGGUCAUUCUUUUGGAGGCCAUUGGUGUGGUUCCUACUCUGUGAGAAACCCAGACAGGGUUGACAGGGUGGUGCUCUUGUCGCCUGUGGGUGUGGAAAGAACGGCUUUUGGGGUGACUACGCCAAUUCCUGAGCAAGAAGAAAAUCUUCCGUCUCUUGACCCCACAUCCUACCACUUUUUGAGUCGUUGGCCCAUUCUCUCGCAAGAAACAGUAUACAAGUGGUACCAUGUCCAGCCCAAGUUACCUCGUCUUUUGAAGUUCAUGGGUCCUUGGGGUGUGGCCAAGUAUUACGACAUGUGGUACAGCAAGCUUUUCGCCAUCAACAAGGUGAUAAAGAAGCUUGGUGGUGCUCUGGUGUUCAAGAGUGAAAAUGAGUUGGUCUAUGGUUCUAACACAGAGUGCCGUCUUCUCAUCGAGUACUUGUACAAUUCCAUCACCACAGGGACAAAGUCAGACACCCACGUGAAGUACCUCUUGACACCGGCCACCACGAGCAGAUGGCCAUUGUACGACAAGUUCAUGAGCUCCAACAAGGAGGACCUCUCCAAGUUCAAAUUGCACAUUGCGUACGGCCAGUACGACUUUAUGAACUCCGAGGCUGGUGAAAAGCUUGUGAAGGAGCUCAAUGAGACCUUUGGCGUGAACAAUGCCAAAUACCACACUGUACCUGAAGGUGGCCACAACUUGUACAUCCAGAACCCAUUUGGCACAAAUGAGCUUUUGGAGGACAUUGUGACCGAGGCCGAGGCUCAGUAA